AAAAAAAAAAAAUAUUAAUGGAUUAUUGAUAUUAAUAACCCUUGAUUGUACAUACUCAAGACAUAUAGUUAAUUUUUAAAGGAAAAAAAAAAAAAAUGCUUACGUCAAUGUACUUUCACAUUUUUAACCUCGAAUGUUAUAAAUUUUUAUCAAACAAUAAUUAUUCUACAUAUCAGUAAAAAUAUAUUUAUAAUAUUUUUUUUAUUAAAAUAUAUAAAACAAUUCAACGUUAUGUUGAAUUUUAAAUAAUGCAAAUAUAAUAAUUAUUUAUUAUUAAUGACGAUGCAAAAUAAUUCAAAAACAAGAGAAAUGUUUAUAGUAAGAGCAUUAGAAAAAAUUCUAGCUGAUAAGGAUGUCAAAAGAUCACACUUGUCACAAUUAAAAAAAUCAUGUGAAUCAGCACUGGAUGAUCUACGUAAUGAAAUAAAGGAUGUGCCAAAUACACAAGGAGAAGAGAUUGUAUCAAAUGCUCUUCCACAACCAAAAAAUGAUACAAAUGUUAUAUCAGCUGAAAAAUAUUUUCUUCCUUUUGAAUUGGCAUGUCAAAGUAAAUCACCACGUAUUGUUGUAACAGCAUUAGAUUGUUUACAAAAAUUAAUAGCAUAUGGACAUUUAACUGGCAAUGUUCCUGAUUCAACAGAGCCAAAUAAAUUAUUAAUUGUUAGAAUUGUUGAAACAAUAUGUAGUUGUUUUAUGGGUCCACAAACAGAUGAAGGUGUACAAUUACAAAUAAUUAAAGCAUUAUUAACUGUAAUGACUAGUCAACAUGUUGAAGUACAUGAAGGUACUGUAUUAUUAACAAUACGUACUGUUUAUAAUGUUUAUUUAGCAUCAAGAAAUUUAGUUAAUCAAACAACAGCACGUGCAACAUUAACACAAAUGAUUAAUGUUAUAUUUUCACGUAUGGAAACACAAGCUGAAGAUGAAAUACAUCAACAACAGCAACAAAAACACCAACAACAACAACAACAACAACAACAGCAGCAACAACAUGAAGUGCCAUUAACACCACAAGCUGAUAUUGAAUGUGAUAUACCAUCAAUUAUAACAGAUUCAUCAGUACAACAACAACAACAACAACAAGAUGAGACAUCAGCAUCAUCACUUGAGGCACAUCAAAUUGUUGGUGGUAUACUUGAUGAUAUUAUUAGUACAGUUGUGCCUGAUGAUCCAAUAAUAAUUGUUAAUUCUACAACAAUUGAUGAUACUAGUCUUGAUAAUAUACAAACAGAUGAUAAUAAUGAUGAAAAUACAGUUGAAAAUGAUAAUAUGGUAACAGCAAAAUUUAAUCAUGUAUUACAAAAAGAUGCAUUUCUUGUAUUUCGUGCAUUAUGUAAAUUAUCAAUGAAACCAUUACCAGAUGGUACACCAGAUCCAAAAUCACAUGAAUUACGAUCAAAAAUAUUAUCAUUACAAUUAUUAUUAGGUAUAUUACAAAAUGCUGGACCAGUAUUAAGAUCAAAUGAAAUGUUUGUUAUUGCAAUAAAACAAUAUCUUUGUGUUGCAUUAUCAAAAAAUGGUGUAUCAUCUGUAGCUGAAGUAUUUGAAUUAUCAUUGGCAUUAUUUUUAGCUUUAUUAUCACGUUUUAAAAUACAUUUAAAAAUGCAAAUUGAAGUUUUUUUUAAAGAAAUAUUUAUGAAUAUAUUAGAAACAUCAAGUAGUUCAUUUGAACAUAAAUGGAUGGUUAUACAUGCAUUAACAAGAAUAUGUGCUGAUGCACAAAGUGUUGUUGAUAUAUAUGUUAAUUAUGAUUGUGAUUUAUCAGCAGCAAAUUUAUUUGAACGACUUGUUAAUGAUUUAUCUAAAAUAGCACAAGGACGUCAAGCAUUAGAACUUGGUGCAUCACCAAAUCAAGAAAAAUCAAUGAGAAUACGUGGUCUUGAAUGUUUAGUAUCAAUAUUAAAAUGUAUGGUUGAAUGGAGUCGUGAUUUAUAUGUUAAUCCAAGUGCACCAAUUGAACAACAAUUAACAACAACAGCAACAGCAACAACACCAUCAGUAGUUAAUGAAUCUACAUCAGAUAUACAUCAAAAUUCAUUAAAUAAUUCAAUAAUAUUACCAAGAUAUGGAAGUGCAGGAAGUUUAUCAUCAGCAAAUUCUAGUCUUGUUGGUGGUGGUGGUGGUGGUACUAUUAUUAAUAAUAAUGAUUCACCAGAACAAUUUGAAGUACAAAAACAACAAAAAGAAGUAUGGGAAAGUGGUAUUGAUAUAUUUAAUCGUAAACCAACAAAAGGUAUAAUAUAUUUACAAGAACAAGGUCUUCUUGGUUCAUCAAUUGAUGAUGUUGCACGUUUUCUUCAUGUUGAUGAAAGAUUAGAUAAAACAGCAAUUGGUGAUUUUCUUGGUGAUCAUAAUCAUAAUCAAAUAAUGUAUAAUUAUAUUGAUCAAAUGGAUUUUGCUAAUAGAGAUUUAGUAACAGCACUUAGAUAUUUUUUAGAAGGUUUUCGUUUACCUGGUGAAGCACAAAAAAUUGAUAGACUUAUGGAAAAAUUUGCUAGUCGUUAUUGUGAAUGUAAUCCAAAUAAUGGAUUAUUUACAAGUGCUGAUACAGCUUAUGUACUUGGUUUUUCUAUAAUAAUGUUAACAACUGAUUUACAUUCACCACAAGUUAAAAAUAAAAUGACUAAAGAACAAUAUAUUAAAUUAAAUCGUCAUAUUAGUGAUAAUGAAGAUUUACCAGAAGAAUAUUUAUCAAAAAUAUAUGAUGAAAUUGCUGGUAAUGAAAUAAAAAUGAAAUCAAAUACAAAUCGUCCUGGUAAACAAGUUAUAUCUAGUGAAAAAAAACGUCGUUUAUUAUGGAAUAUGGAAAUGGAAUUAAUAUCAACAGCAGCUAAAAAUUUAAUGGAUUCAGUUAGUCAUGUACAAGCACCAUUUACAACAGCAAAACAUUUAGAACAUGUACGUCCAAUGUUUAAAAUGGCAUGGACACCAUUUCUUGCUGCAUUUAGUGUUGGUCUUCAAGAUUGUGAUGAUCCUGAAAUAGCAACAUUAUGCCUUGAUGGUAUUAGAUGUGCAAUUAGAAUAGCAUGUAUAUUUCAUAUGUCACUUGAACGUGAUGCAUAUGUACAGGCAUUAGCUAGAUUUACAUUAUUAACAGCAAAUUCACCAAUAACAGAAAUGAAAUCUAAAAAUAUUGAUACAAUUAAAACAUUAAUAACAAUUGCUCAUACUGAUGGUAAUUAUUUAGGUAAUUCAUGGCUUGAUGUUGUUAAAUGUAUAUCACAAUUAGAAUUAGCACAAUUAAUUGGUACUGGUAUAAGACCACAAUUACUUGUAUCACCAACAUCAAAACAACAAAAUUUUUCAUUACCAUUAAAUAAUUUUACAAAUUUAACACAUAAUAAUUUAUAUCAAUCAAAUAAUUUAAAUUUAAGUUCACUUGAUCCAAGUGUUAAAGAAUCAAUUGGUGAAACAAGUUCACAAAGUGUUGUUGUUGCUGUUGAUAGAAUAUUUACUGGUUCAACACGUCUUGAUGGUGAUGCUAUUGUUGAAUUUGUUAAAGCAUUAUGUCAAGUAUCACUUGAAGAAUUAUCACAUCAAACACAACCACGUAUGUUUUCAUUAACAAAAAUUGUUGAAAUAUCAUAUUAUAAUAUGGGAAGAAUACGUUUACAAUGGUCAAGAAUAUGGCAAGUUGUUGGUGAACAUUUUGAUCGUGUUGGUUGUAGUCCAAGACAAAAUAUUGCAUUUUUUGCUGUUGAUUCAUUACGUCAACUUGCAACAAAAUUUAUUGAAAAAGGUGAAUUUGCAAAUUUUAGAUUUCAAAAAGAAUUUUUACGUCCAUUUGAACAUAUUAUGAAAAAAAAUAGAUCACCAAUAAUACGUGAUAUGGUUGUUAGAUGUGUUGCACAAAUUGUUAAUUCACAAUCACCAAAUAUAAGAUCUGGAUGGAAAAAUAUAUUUAGUGUAUUUCAUCAUGCAGCUAGUGAUCGUGAUGAAUCACUUGUAUCACUUGCAUUUUCAAUGAUUGAACGUAAAAUAAUUAAUGAAUUAUAUAGUGAAGAUUUUAGUAUUAUGGUUGAUUCAUUUCAAGAUGCUGUCAAGUGCCUUGGUGAAUUUGCAUGUAAUUCAUCAUUUCCAGAUACAAGUAUGGAAGCUAUUAGAUUAAUACGUACAAGUGCAUCAUACAUUGAUGCUAAUCCACAAAUGUUUGCUGAAGGUAUGAUGGAUGAUAGUGGUGGUAUUAUAUCAGAUAAAGAUGAUCGUGCAUGGGUAAGAGGAUGGUUUCCAUUAUUAUUUGAAUUAUCAUGUGUUGUUAGUAGAUGUAAGCUAGAUGUUAGAACACGUGCAUUAACAGUAUUAUUUGAUGUUGUUAAAACAUAUGGUUCAUCAUUUAAACCACACUGGUGGAAAGAUUUAUUUCAAGUACUAUUUAGAAUAUUUGAUAAUAUGAAAUUACCAGAACAACAUACUGAAAAAGCUGAAUGGAUGACAACAACAUGUAAUCAUGCAUUGUAUGCAAUUGUUGAUGUAUUUUCACAAUUUUAUGAUAUACUAGGACCACUUUUACUUGGUCAAUUAUAUUCACAAUUAUUAUGGUGUGUACAACAGGAUAAUGAACAACUUGCUAGAUCUGGUACAAAUUGUUUAGAAAAUCUUGUUAUAAGUAAUGGUAUUAAAUUUAAUGAAAAUACAUGGACUAAAACAACACAAUGUAUACUUGAUAUAUUUGAAAAUACAUUACCAAUGGGAUUAUUAACAUGGAAACCAAUGAUUAAUAAAGAAACUGAUCUUGAAGUUAUAACUGGUGAUUUUGAUGCUCAUAAUUCACAUGAUGUAUUAAAACGUAGUAAUAGUAAUCAAAGUUUAAUAAAUAUAAAUAAUAAUAAUAAUAAUGAUGGUACAAGAUUAAAAUUAUUUUCUUCAUUAUUAAUUAAAUGUGUUGUACAAUUGGAAUUAAUACAAACAAUUGAUAAUAUUGUAUUUUAUCCAGCAACAUCAAGAAAAGAAGAUCAAGAAAAUCUUGCACUUGCACAAGCUGAUAUGUUAAAUGGACGUUCAAGUGAUUCUGGUAUUGAUGGAUUAGGUAAUGAAAAUAAUAAAGAUGAUCAAGGAAUGUAUUGUGCAUUAAAUACAAAUCAUUUAUUACAACUUGUUGAUUGUCUACUUCGUUCUCAUCGUUUUGCUAAAAAUUUUAAUCUUAAUAAUGAACAGAGAAAUAUAUUAUGGAAAGCUAAUUUUCGUGGUACUGUUAAACCAAAUUUGCUCAAACAAGAAACACAAUCAUUAGCAUGUGCAUUACGUAUAUUAUUUAAAAUGUAUAAUGAUGAAAUACACAGAGAUAAUUGGUCAAUUGUUGAAUCACAUAUUGUUGAUAUAUCAAAAGAAGCACUUGAAUAUUUUUUGGCAUUAUCAAAUGAAGCACAUCGUGAUGCUUGGACAUCAAUAUUAUUAUUAUUAUUAAAUAGAAUAUUAAAAAUGUGUGACAAUAGAUUUGCAAUACAUGCUGCUAAUUGUUAUCCUUUAUUAUGUGAAGUUAUGUGUUUUGAUCUUAAACCAGAACCACGAUCUGUUUUACGAAGAUUUUUUCUUCGAAUUGGACCGGUAUUUCAUAUUACACAGUCGUAACAUUUUUAAUUUUUUUUUUCUUAUUAAAUUUAUAAAAACAUUAUUAGGACGAUUUAUUAUAAUAUUAAAAAAAAAACACUUUUUUUUUUUUUUUUUUAAAUAUGUAUAAUUAAGAACAGAAAAAACAAUAUACACAAAAUUUAAUAUAUAUAAAUAAAUAAUUAAAUUAAUACAACAAUUAUACAUAAAUAAAUAUUUGAAACGAAAAUAUAUAUAUUUAAAAUUAGACGAAGAUAAAACAGAUUAUUUUUAUUUUAUAUUUUUUCUUUUGCUCAUUUAUUAUUAUUAUUAUUUCGAUUUUUAAAAAAUGUACGUAUAUAAAUUUACGAGAAUGCAAAUAUGUAAUAAUUUAAUUAGAUAAAAAAAAAAGCUGAAAAAAAAAAAAAUAAUGUACAUUGUAAUAGUAGAAUGCCUAAAGAAUUUUCUUCACAAUUUAAUUUAAUAAUAAACAGAUAAAAAAAAAAAAUAAUAUUUAUAAACAAUAAUUGGAAUUUGUGAUUAUUUAAUUAAACUAUAAAUUAUAUAUUUAAAAUGAGUAUGUUGGUAUAUUACCACACCAUUCUUGAACAAAAUUAAUAACAUCAUUUAAUGGAUAAUUAUUUGAUGCUUGUCUUGCAACAUUAACUAAUUUAUUCCAAUCAUCACGUUCAACAACACGAUUUGUUCCUUCAAAUCUAGCAACAGAACCACGUAUUGGAUAACCAGUUAGUGAACAUUCUUGUAAUGCCAUUGCUCCAUUAGCUGGACAUGUCAAUGAACCAGUAUAAACACCACGUGAAUCAACUGGAAGACCCUGUUCAACUCUUUGAUCCAUUGAUAUUGCCAAUAUCCAUUCUCUUACUUCUUCUCUUUCUCUAUCUGAAAGACUUAAUGAUCCUGGAAUUGGUACUUCCAAUGGAAAAUCAGUUAUUCUUAAAUCAUCAACUUCUAAUAUACUACCAUCACCCUCUUGUAUACACUCUUCAAGAUCUAAAAAAUGAUUUAAAAAUACAAAUGCUUCACUUAAUAAUCCACUAGUUCUUGUUUGUAUACCAGCUUCAUAAUAACAUCUAUCAGGAAGUAAUAUAUCAGUAAAUCUUAAUAAUGAAAUUGCACUUUUAACAGUUAAAUUUGAUAAUGAUGCAUGUUGUUGACAUGCUAAUUUAACUGCUGAAUAAUGAGUUGCACGUAAAAGUUUAUCAAAUUUUUCUUCACUUGUUAAUGAACCUUCAAUAUUUUUUGAUAAAUUAAAUAAAAAAUUUCUCAGCUCAGCAAGUUGUUUGUAUUGUUGAUCUGGUGUUAAAUUGUCAUCAUAUGUAUUUAAUAUUGAUUCGGAUAAUCUAUAAUAAAGAUUAUGAUAUUGAGCAAUUGAUGGUGCUCCAAAUUGUGAAUAUAAUUGUAGAGCUUGUUCAGGUGUUCCAGCUUUAAGUAAUUGAGCAGCACGUUGUGCUACAAAUUUAUGAAGUAAUUCUGGACUUUGUAAGCUUGCUUU